AUGGAGUUGGAGAUGCAGGCCAGUAUUGACAAAGGAAUAUCAUCGACCCUUUCGAGUCUGCAGUAUGACUGCGCAGCGCCACGCAACAUCAACGAUUUAGACCUUCAGCCCGACAUGAAGGAUCUCAUCGACCCCCAACCAUGCCACAAUUUUACUGACACCUCCUACCUCCACUGCUCCGUACGCUCACUUCGUCUUCGCGCAAAGCUUUGCGCGAUCGCGAACUCACUGCACUCCCCGCCCUCCUUCGCCGAUACUCUCCAAUUUGAGCAGGACAUCCAAAUCGCCCUCGACAACCUCCCCCACUGGACCGAUCCACGAGCGUUGAUGGCUUCGACACUUCUAGAUCUGCAGCUCCGCCAAUUUCUCAUCAUUAUACACCAGCCACUCACGCUGUACACCUCAUCCCAAAGCAAGAAGCGACCGGAUACCUCCCAAAUCUACACAACAACAACUACCCUCUCCGCUGCUGAGUCCAUCAUAACCUUACACACCGCCCUCCUCAAUGCUUCGCCUCCAAACUUCGCCCUCACCUGCCUCCGCCUCGACUACCUCCGCGCCGCCCUGCUAAUAGCCCACAUCGCGUAUCACUCUUCUUCCCCAUUCAUCACACGCAUCGCAAGACCUGUUUCCGAAGCCACGGCCACAGCCAGUUUGAGAUUGCUGGAGGAGAGAAGCAUGAGGCCUGGCAGGGGGAAUCAUCAUUAUUGGUAUCUGAGUGCGGCGAUCAGCCUGGUGAGUAUACGGUUCGCAGAAGCGGAUGGGAAGGGAGAAGAAGAGAAAGAAGGGCUGAGUAGGGAGGCGGGUGAUAGGGUGUGUGCGCUUUUGUAUAGGGUAUUGGCGCUGCAGGAUGAACAGGGAGAGGGCAUGCCUAGUGAGGUUAUGCUGGGCGAUGCUGGGACUGUCGGGAAUACCAUGCGCACGCCGGCUUCCAUGGUGGAGCCGGGUUUUGGGGUUGAUAUGGGGGGUUUUCAGGGUAUGGAGGCGAUGGAGGGCUGGGAGGGCCAGGGGACGUGGGGUUUGGAUGAUUUUUGGUUCCUUGGGGAUUUGGAUGGGGGAUAG